CUCUGGGAAGCUCUUCUCGUUGUCCCUCCCCCCACGUCUGCAGGAGCUGAAUUUCGGGGAGUUUUGUUGCCCUUUUUCCCCCACUUGCGGCGUUUUGGGCGGAGCAGCCAGCAGGGCAGCAGCAGGAGGCAGCGGCAAGCCGUUCGCGCCGGCUAAGAGGCAGAGGCUUCCCCUGGAGCAGCCAGGAGAAGAAGUCACCGUUGGGGGGAGCUGAGCUGAGCCCCCCCCAGGAGGACCGGAGGAGAGCGCAGCUCCUCACCCAUAGAGCAGCUGCGGUCAACGGUGCCACCAGGAAAACCUUUGGAGGAAGUUCUGCUUGCAGGAUCGAAUCUGGGUCAGUCACGGGGACCAGAGGUUUCGUCUUCUGAGCUUUUGGACUCGUGCUGGAGCCCAUCCUCCUGCCCAUCUUCCAACCUUUUGGCCAAAGUUUUGCUUGUUAGAGUUUCCUUGGAUGGAAAGCCGUGGAAGUGAGCAGCCCCUGGAAACUAUGAAGAGGGGGAAACACUUUGGCCAAAGGUCCCCUCAGAGGAAUCAAGGGAAACUCUCCAAAUGCUCUGAGUGUGGGAAAUCCUUUGCUCACCAGUCCCUCCUUUUGAUCCACCGGAAGCUGCAUACAGGGAAUGGAUCCCACCUGUGUUUUCUAUGUGGGAAAUCCUUUUCUGGAAUGUGGAGCUUUGCCAAACAUCUCCGGAGCCACCCUGGACUGAAGCCUUACAAAUGCGGAGAGUGUGGGGAGCGUUUUGCUAAAGGUUCGGACCUUGGAGCCCAUCAGCGAAUCCACCAGGGAAAGAGAUCUCAGGAAUCCUGGAAGCGCUGGGGAAGAUUUCCUGAGAGACGGCGUCUUUUUAGGCCUCAGAACAGCCCGACUGAAGAGAAGCCCUGCAAGUGUGUGCAAUGUGGGCUGUGCUUUUCUCAAACCUCACAGCUGCUUAAACAUCAGCAAAUCCACACCAGAGGGAAACCUUAUCAAUGUCUAGAGUGUGGGAAAUCUUUCCGUUAUAAACAAUGUUUUAGAAAACAUGGGAAAAUUCACAAAGGACAGAGCCCUUAUAAAUGCUUUGAGUGUGGAAAAUGUUUCACUCGGAGUUCAACUCUUUGCCAACAUAAUAAAACACACAUAAAGGAAGAAAGCAAAACGUGCCUAGAAUGUGGGAAAUGUUUUUCUAGGAAAUCAUACCUACUGCAACAUCAGAGAGUUCACACCGGAGAAAGACCCUUUCAGUGCCCAGAAUGUGGAAAAUAUUUUUCCCAAAAGGCACACCUAAUUCCACAUCAGAGACUUCACACUGGGGAUAGACCUUAUCAAUGUCCAGUAUGUGAGAAACGAUUUGUGGUUUCUUCUGAACUUCGGAGACAUCAGAAGAAGCACACAGGAGAGUUGCCCUAUAAAUGUGGGGAAUGUGAAAAAAGAUUUCUCACGGCAACACUGGUUCAGGCUCAUCAGAGAAUCCACACGGGGGAAAGACCCUAUCAGUGCCCAGAAUGCGGGAGAUGUUUUGGCCAGAAGUCAAACCUAUUUCGACAUCAGAGACGACACACUGGAGAAAAACCCCAUGAAUGUCCAGAAUGUGAGAAAAGAUUUGUCGAUUCUUCUGAACUUCAGAGACACCAAAGGAUACACAGGGGAGAAAAACUAUAUAAAUGUAAGGAUUGUGAUAAAUAUUUUUCUGUUAAGGAAACUCUUUUUCAACAUCAAAGUAUCCAUACAGGGGUGAAGCCCUAUAUGUGCAUCGAGUGUGGAAGAUUUUUCCGUACAAUACAAAGCCUCAGAAGUCAUGAGAAUGUUCACAGAGGGGGGGAAAAGUUAAAAUGUUUAGACUGUGGGAAAACAUUUGCUUCUUCAUCAUCCCUUAGAGUUCACUGCCAAACCCAUACGGGUGAGAAACUCCACAAAUGCUCAGUGUGUGAGAAAUCUUUUACCCGGAAAGAUACACUUGUGUUGCAUCAGAGAAGACACUUAGAGAAGCAAUAUAAAUGACCGGAAUGUGAGAAAACUUUUCCUUGCAAAUCUUAUCUUAGAAAAUAUGAGAGGCUUCACAAAGGAGAGAAGCCUUAAAAGCAAGUGCGUGUGCAGAAAAAUGAAAUCUGCCUAGAAUGUGGGAGGUGUUUUGCCAGAAAGUCACACCUAAUUCAACAUCAGAGACUUCACACCGGAGAAAGACCCUGUCAGCGCCCAGAAUGUGGGACAUGUUUUGGCUACAAGUCACACCUAAUUCGACAUCAGAAACUUCACACUGUAGACAGAACCUAUGAAUGCUCACAACAUGAGAAAAGAUUUGGAGAGUCUGCUCAACUUCGGAGACCCCAGAAGGGGCACACAGGGAAGAGGCUCUAUAAAUGUGGGGAGUGUGGGAAAGGUUUUACCUGAAAACGAAACCUUAUAAUUCAUCAAAAGAUCCAUAGAGGAAUGAAGCCAUAGAGAUGCAGAGUGCGAUAAAGUUUUGCUCAAAAGCGACACAUUAGAGAAAUCACAUGGGAAAACGCCCACUAUGCUCUCAUGGUGGAACAGUUUUCCAUAGUGGAUCAACCCCUGAAAAUCAUAAAAAGUUUACAAACUUUGUUAAAUUUUAGGAAAACAAAGUACAAGAAAACCAAGGAGAACUGAAAAAAAAAAGCAAGGGGGAGGGAGGGAAAAGCAAAAUUGGAGUGUGCAGACAAAAGGGGGGGAAAGCUAAACAGAAAAAUAAUUUCCAGCUUUCUUCACUACAGGUAAAAUCCUAAGUAUCAAUAACUCUUUGAAUUAGAAUAAACCAUAACCAGUACGUUUAACGUUAUAAAUAUGUACAAACAUAAAAACCCAAGGUUUAAACUUCAUUUCUUUCAAUUACAAGCAAAUCCAAGAGUGGUUUCCCAGUAGAAGGAAAACUAGACAGUAGACUUUUAAAAAAACAUAUUUGCAGUGCCUUAUGGAAGGGAUACAAAACGUCUUUAUGAGUCUGCACAGAACACAGAGAAUAAAGGUGAAGUUGAGAGAUCAACUGCAGAGCGAUUAUUUCAUAAUUUUCAUAUGCAGAGCUGAGAGAUUUAAAAUGGGCAAAAUGACAUUUGGAAUUGAACCACAGACUGUCAGAGAAACUGAAACUAAACUAUGUGCCGAUGAUGGACAUGUCAUUUACUUCCUAUCUAUCAUAAUCUUGGUGGUGUUCUUCAAAAUUAAUGUUCAAAAACUGUCACGCUCUUCCUAUCCUCCUUGUUUUGUCCAACUUUCUCUUCCGUAGAAUGUCACAGUGAAUAUCAUGGCUACCAUCAUUCUGAUCUUCAGAUUCUGUCAAUCUAGCCUAUAUCAAUAAAGUAAGAAUUCUAGAA